GUGUUGAAAUAUCAACUAAUACUUCCAAAUAUGAACAGCAAACUUCAAAGGACCCUGGCUAUAUUUUUCGUGGUAGCUAUAGUCAUGUUUGGAGUCAUAUCUUCUUCAGAUGCAGCUUAUAGAAGACCACCUUUCAAUGGAUCUAUAUUUGGAAAACGGACGACAGGAAAUAAUGAUUUUGAAAAUGCUGGAAAAGCUUUAUCAGCAAUGUGCGAGAUAGCUAGUGAAGCGUGUGCCUCUUGGUUUCCAACUCAAGAUAAAUAAAUCACCGAAAACAUACGAACUGAAAACGGACUCGAAUAAAUUAACCUGAACUUUUGUAAAAAAUAAAAUUAGAUGGAAAUAAAGUUAUU